AUUAGUCAACUGUGAGGAAGCGGGUAAUGGCGGCGUAAACAACGCAAAUAUGUCUCAAAGUCGAGUCGCUGUAGAAAAUAAACCGUUGACAUACAGCUGCUACUGAACGGAAUAUGUUUUCGGCACUAGAGGGAUUUCUGCUCUCCGUACAAACUGUUCAAACCCCACUGGUUCACUUCUCGGUGGUGUUUAGCCGCUAGCUUUAGCUAACUUUUAGGAGAGUUCGCUAACUUAACGGAAAAGUCGUAUGUAGAUUGUAGAGAUGGACUGCGUCGUGACGGGAGGAAACGUGAAAGUGCUGGCCAAAGCCAUCCACUCUCUGUCCAGGAUCGGUGAUGAGCUGUAUGUGGAGCCUCAGCAGGAUGGGCUGGCCCUGCGGUCUGUAAACUCUUCUCGGUCGGCAUAUGCCUGCUUCCUGUUCGCACCACUCUUCUUCAGCAGGUACACCAUUCCCAGUGGGCACGCCUUCCGCUGCAAGAUGGCAAUAAAGAGUGUGCAGGCUGUGUUCAGGUCUAUAGCGACUCUGGAGAAGACUGUGGAAAAGUGUCACAUCGAGCUGGACGAGCAGAAGAACCGACUCACCUUCACCCUGCACUGCAAACAUGGCCUCACGAAGACACAUAACCUGUCUUUCCAGGAUAGUGAAAGCUUACAGGCAGUGUUUGAUAAAGACAGCUAUGCCAAUGUAUUCAGGUCCAAUCCCAGGCUGCUGGUGGACACAGUCGUGCACUUUCCUCCAUCUCUGGAAGAAAUAACCGUGUCAGUGAGUGAUGAACGGAUGUGGGUCAGGAACCAUGUGGAGGAAGAAGACCAGUCGAAGGCCAUGCUGACAGAGCUGUGUCUGGCUUCAGACGAGUUUGACCAUUUCGCCGUCCAAGCUCACAACAGCGUCACCUUUUGUCUGAAGGAGUUACGGGGUUUGUUGGUGUUUGCAGAGUCUACAGGUCUCCCUAUUUCUAUGUACUUUGAUGAACCAGGCAGCCCUGUCGUGCUUUCAGUGACAGACAGUGUCCUGGAGGGGAACUUUGUGCUGGCCACGCUGUCUGAUGACCCCAACCACCGUAAAAACAACAGUAGACGAGCACACUCAUCCCCUCCGCCCCCUCCUGAUGACUUUAUGAAUGACGACAUAGACUCCUACCUCAUUGCCAUGGAUACCAGUAUUGCGCCAGGCCCCUCAGCCGCAGGUCCGCCCACACCCCCGUCAGCUGCUUCCACAUGUUUAAAACAGACUGCCGCUGCAGCCAAUCACAGGACAAGGCUACACAGUGAGGAGGAGGAGGAGGAAGAGGAAGAUGAAAGAGAUGAUUUAAGUGGACCGCCUAAUAAGAAGUUCUGCAACUUGUUCUUUGGAUCGGUGCUUCCCCCGUCCUCUCAGAUGACCACUCAACCAGUGACAACUCAGGAAGUGUUGGCAAGUGACAGUGACGAUGACGCACAGUGAAGCAGAGUGGCAGUGUGCUGAUGGAUGAGAGCAGGGAGAUGGACUGGACCUUAAAGUGUGUAUUACAACACUUUUAAACACAUGCCACCUGCAGGACUAGAAAAGAAAUGGACACCUUGAACGAUCUUACCAGCCUGUAUCAGUGUUGUACAUAGGUUAUUUUUUUACGUGGUCAAAAAUAUGCAAAGACGGUGUACAGCAUGGCCACUGCUAAUGUUUCAUUUUAUUGAGCUAUAAUGGUGGACUUCAAAAUAUGGGAUUAUGUGAAACUGGACAUGAAGCACUUCCUGUUUACUUUGGUUCAAAGUCUGUUUGGUUUGUGAUCGAGGUGCAACAAAAAAGCUCC